AAACAAAUGAUCCUCUAACCCUAAUUUGCAGCGGCCGGAGGAAAAACAGAAGAAGAUGACGACCAGUUUGAAAAAGAACAGGAAGAAGAGAGGCCACGUCAGCGCCGGUCAUGGUCGUGUCGGUAAACACAGAAAGCAUCCUGGAGGUAGAGGUAACGCCGGAGGCAUGCACCACCACCGUAUCCUCUUCGACAAAUACCAUCCUGGUUAUUUUGGUAAGGUCGGUAUGCGUUACUUCCACAAGCUUCGCAAUAAGUUCUACUGCCCUAUUGUCAACAUAGACAAACUAUCUUCUCUCAUUUCACAAGAGGUCAAGGAUAAAGCUUCAAAAGAGAACAAGGCACCUGUUAUUGAUGUUACUCAGUUUGGUUUCUUCAAACUUUUGGGUAAAGGUGUUUUGCCUCAGAAUCAGCCCUUCGUUGUGAAGACUAAACUCAUUUCAAAGAUCGCUGAGAAGAAAAUUAAAGAAGCUGGUGGUGCUGUUAUCCUUACGGCUUAAUUUGUAUUAUGAUAUUGAUUUUGCUUUCGAACAAUUUAGGGUUUUGAUCCCUCUUUAAUUUUUGUUUGGACCUUUUACAUUAAUGCCAUAUUUUUGACUAUUUAAGUUUUUUAUUUUGGCGCGUUGAUCUUGUCAAACUAAUUCAUAGUGGUUAAUGAUAUUGUUAUGUCAUUCUAAAGUGA